GCGAUCUUUCAGAUGAUGAAAUUAUUGAAAAAAUCAAAAAAUCAGAUUUUAAAGAUGGUGAACUCAUAUUCAAGAACAAUAAAGUUUAUUGGCGCAAAGCUUUCCCUCAAUACAAGAAGAACUAUUUAAAGGAUUAUCCGAAUGUAAAAGAAUUAUAUAAGUAUAAACAAGAACUCGAGAAUCCUCCUAUUGAACCAGACAAUUUAGAUUACGAUUCGCAGAUGAGCGAUUGCAAUUCAGAUGAUUCGCAGUAUACAAAAGAGAUAAAAUUGAAAAAUAAAGCCAACGGCAAACGUAAAACAGAUCAAUUAGAGAAAGCA